AUGGGAAACAUUGCCCCUGAUCAGAAAAAACCAGGAUGUGGCCUGUUAACAGCAGUUUUCAAAGGUCGAACCAAAAAAUGCCCGAAAAAAUACUCCUCGUCUUCCCAAAAGAAGGACCAUCGAAACCCCUCUCCAGAUGUGUCCAAUUCUGACAGGGAUCGUGAAUUCCAGGGCUCCUACAAUCCCCAAAACCAUCAAAAACAGCCUGACAGGAUCGUGCAACGUCCAGGCCCGAAAUAUUCCAGGCCCGAUCCUGUCAACCACCCUCACCUGCAUCCUUCUCAUUCGAACAAAUCCAGGCCCGAAAAUCCCCGGUCCGGAACCCAACAGGCCGUCCGGAAACACCCCGAGGCGAGUCUCGGAUUGUCGGGGGAGCUCGACAGCAUGAUCGCCGAUCAUCAGAGAUCGAAAGGGCCUGCCGGAAUGGUCAGAGCUUCUUCUGGAAACGUAAUGUUGCAUGGAAAUUUGGGGAACCUUAAACAGCCUGGAAAUGGCAACACCAUGGAUUCGGACAAUGUCCCACGAACCAGGCCCGAUUUGGAGAUGACGAUGAAGAAAGAUCAAGAUCCUGCCAAAACAGGCUCCCUCUGCAGGGCCCUGUCAACGAGGAUGGAUCCCGAGCACCUGAAAAUUUUGGGCAAUGAGGAUUACAAGAAUGGCAAGUUUGCCGAAGCCCUGGCAUUGUAUGAUACAGCCAUUUCUAUCGACCCGAAUAAGGCCUGUUACCGGAGCAAUAAGAGCGCCGCCCUAACGUCAUUAGGGAGGCUUCUUGAAGCCGCGUUCGAGUGCCGGGAAGCCAUAAGGAUCGAUCCAUUUUACCAACGGGCGCAUAAUAGGCUUGCGACUCUUUUGGUGAGGUUAGGAGAAGCCGAAAGGGCGACGUAUCACUUCAAGCAGGCCGGACAAGAAGCCGAUCCGGAUUCUAUGGAUAAGGCUAAGCAAGUUCUAGUUCAUUUAAACAAGUGCACAGAGGCAAAGAGGCGAGGCGAUUGGCGUGGACUAGAGAAAGAAGCCGAGCUUUCUAUAGUUGCCGGCGCUGAUUCUGCGCCGUUGAUUUACUUACCAAUCUCUUCAACGAUGAAGAUCUUCGCAUUGAAAGCCGAGGCCUUGAUGAAGCUCAACCGGCUCCAAGAAGCCGUCCAAACGAUGGCGAAAGGCCCGAAGUUUGACACUAAUGAAUGCACAAAGUUCUUCGGCCCUAUCGCGAGUGCAACACUCUUAGUCACGCGCGCUCAAGUCGACAUGAUCGAGGACAGGUUCGAUGAUGCUAUAUCAAGUGCUCAACGUGCGACGAGCCUCGACCCCAACAACGGGGAUGCAACCCCGUUGCUGAGGAAGGCGAGGGCGGUUGCGACGGCACGGUCAACGGGCAACGACCUCUUCAAGUUGGGAAAUUACGCCGAGGCGUGCAUUGCCUACGGCGAAGGGUUGAAUCACGACCCGAGCAAUUCGGUCCUAUUGGGGAACCGGGCCGCUUGCCGUUGCAAGCUCGAGCAAUACGAUAAAGCUAUAGAUGAUUGCGGUCGGGCGAUCAAAGCCCGGCCCGGACACACCAAGGCCCGGCUUCGUCGUGCCGAUUGUUAUGCGAAGAUGGAAAAUUGGGAUGAUUGCAUACAAGAUUGCCAAGUAGUGUUGAGGGAAUGUUCGGAAAAUGAAGAGGCAAGAAAGUUGUUGGAAGAGGCAGAGGAUCAGCUCAAGAAAAUCGAUCAAAGGCAUCAAGAAGAGAUGGGAAGAACAUAAAUAUUGAUCUAAUUUUCUUUUUAAAUGUAAUUCAUUUUU